AUGGUUUAUUGUGGGAAACCAAGCAAAGGAUGUGGAGAGUGCAGGUCCAGGAAGAUCCGGUGUGACCAGGCCCAACCGGCUUGUUCGCAAUGUACAAGGGCCAAGCGGGACUGCCCCGGAUACCGGGAUCAACUAUCACUUAUGUUCCGCGAUGAAAGCAAAUCGGUAGUCCGAAAGGCGGCGGCAGGGGCUGUUAAACAUAAACGACCAGAGCGAUCCUUACGCACAGCAUUCCCUUCUGGGAAUGCUGUGCGGCCUAUGCUAACCCCCGAUCCAGUGGACCCCGUGGAAGUCAGGCCCGAUCCACAACACGUCUAUCUCACGCAGCAGCUGGGAAUACGCCCAUUAGAGGUCCAGCCAACGCAAGACGUUGAUUCAAUAAGAUAUGAAGCUAUCUGCUAUUUCAUAAGGUCCAAUUGUAUACCAGGUACGUUUUGGACUAGCGAUUUAAUCACCAAGUUCCUGCUGCAGACCGGGGGUCCUGCAAGCCAGAAAGCCAUGCAGGCUAGUGUGGCUGCUACCGCUACAGCCAUGCUCUCUCGAGUUAGAGACUUGCCACACCUGAAAGAAGUGGCCCGUCGGGAGUAUGGAUCCGCUUUGAGAUUGCUCAACUCCGCUCUAGCCGAUGUGGAGGAGGCAAAAACGAAUCAAACAUUGGGAUCAGUCGUGUUGCUUGCCAUUUAUGAAGUGGUCACGUCAAGGGCCGCGGAAGAUAUCGACAGUUGGACAAACCAUAUAAAUGGCGCGACAGCUUUGCUCGAUAUAAGGGGAACCGACCAACUCAAAAGUGAAAGCGGUCUCCGAUUAUUCUUACAUCUGCGCUACCAAGUGAUCAUUAGUUGUCUACAGCGAGACGCACGAGUACCUCAAUCAGUACUUGAAUGCACAAAAAUUGCGAUGUUUCUUCGCCCAGCAGAGGCCCAUGGAAACCGACUGGUUAUGAUCAUCGGCAAGCUGUCAAACCUUCGCGCAGAUAUCCGAUCCAACAUAUUCAGCGAUGAGCGGGAAAUCAUAUCAGCAGGCUCGGCCAUUGAAGCCGACUUGAUUGCCUGGCUAGCCUCUCUUCCACCCGAGUUUAACUAUACCACCCAUACGAAAUCCCCCUUUGACUCUGUCUUCCAACCGCGAUUCCGCGGAAUCACCCCAUACGACGAUCAAUACCAUGUAUACCCCAAUCUCUGGGUCGCCAAUUCCUGGAAUCAGUAUCGCGCCGCCCGCAUUCUCGUCAGCGAGAUCAUUCUUUCCCAUGUCCGCAAAAUGUCCGACAGUACCUCUCUCACUUCCUUAUCCGAAGAGUUCCGUCUCCAGUGUAGAACGCUGCGAUCAACUAUCCGGCGGUUGGCAGUGGAGAUCUGCCGUGGCGUCCCGUUCCAUUUCAACGCCCACCAGGCAGAGAGGGAGCCCAAUCUACCACCGCCCGAGAGUUACCUUGGGGGGCUUAUGCUUCUCUGGCCUCUGUUUGUGGCUGGUGUUGUUGAGAGCCCGAAUCAUGGGCUUCGUCGUUGGGUUGUGAAAUGUCUGCAGAUGAUUGGACAUACGAUGGGACUUGAUCAGUCGCUCGCUAUUGCAGACAUUGUUUCGGCUGAUCCGGGUGUCUUACGUUUUGUGACAGAGGAAGAUGAUCCACUCGUUGAAAGUUCUGAUACACCCGAUCUAACAAGGCGACACCCAGCUCCGCCUAUCAGUGCUUCUAUCAACGAGAUCCCUCCGUCGGGAGUAUAA